GUUAACAUGUUCUCCGGUCUGAAAUUCCUCAUUUCUGAAACUCUUCGUGGAUUCAACAACACGGAAGAAUCGCUCAUCUGUGGGACGAGACCCUUCUGACUUCAGGACGUCCGUCUGGAAUUAGUUCCCCCUGAAGAACAAGAAUGAGUUCUCCACAAAAGAAACGGAAAGGAAGAGGAGUCAAACGUCACCACUGUCAGCACUGUGAAAAAUCCUUCACAACUUCAGGAUAUUUAAAGAUUCAUCAGAAAGUUCACACUGGAGAGAAACCUUACAGCUGUGAUCAAUGUGGGGCAGUUUUCACACAAAAGGGUAACCUAAAAACACAUCAACGCAUUCACACUGGAGACAAACCUUACAGCUGUGAUCAAUGUGGGGCAGUUUUCACACAAAAGGGUAACCUAAAAACACAUCAACGCAUUCACACUGGAGACAAAGCUUACAGCUGUGACCAAUGUGGGGCAGCUUUCACACGACAGGAUAAACUUAAAAACCAUCAACGCAUUCACACUGGAGACAAACCUUACAGCUGUGAUCAAUGUGGGGCAGUUUUCACACAAAAGGGUACCCUAAAAACACAUCAGCGCAUUCACACUGGAGACAAACCUUACAGCUGUGAUCGAUGUGGGGCAGCUUUCACACUCCUCGGUAACCUAAAAAGACAUCAACGCAUUCACACUGGAGACAAACCUUACAGCUGUGAUCAAUGUGGGGCAGCUUUCACACUACAGAGUACCCUAAAAACACAUCAACGCAUUCACACUGGAGACAAACCUUACAGCUGUGAUCAAUGUGGGGCAGCUUUCACACUACAGCGUUACCUAAAAAGACAUCAACGCAUUCACACUGGAGACAAACCUUACAGCUGUGAUCAAUGUGGGGCAGCUUUCACACUACAGCCUUACCUACAAAGACAUCAACGCAUUCACACUGGAGAGAAGCCGUACAGCUGUGAUCAAUGUGAGAAGACAUUUUCUUCUAGUGGUACCCUAAAAGUCCACCAACGCGUUCACACUGGAGAGAAGCCAUACUGGUGUGAACAAUGUGGGACAACCUUUUCUCAUAGUAGUCACCUUAAAACACACCAGCGCAUUCACACUGGAGAGAAGCCGUACCGGUGUGGACAAUGUGGGAAAACCUUUUCUCAGAGUGAUAGCCUUAAAACACACCAGCGCAUUCACACUGGAGAGAAGCCGUACGGGUGUGAACAAUGUGGGGAAACGUUUUCUCAUAGUUGUAACCUUAAAACACACCAGCGCAUUCACACCGGAGAGAAGCCGUACAGCUGUAAACAAUGUGGAAAAACGUUUUCUCAUAGUAGUUACCUUGAAACACACCAGCGCCUUCACACUGGAGAGAAGCCGUACUGGUGUGAACAAUGUGGAAAAACGUUUCCUCAAAGUAGUCACCUUAAAACACACCAGCGCAUUCACACUGGAGAGAAGCCGUACUGGUGUGAACAAUGUGGGGAAACUUUUUCUCGUAAUGGUAACCUUAAAACACACCAGCGCAUUCACACUGGAGAGAAGCCGUACUGGUGUGAACAAUGUGGGAAAACCUUUUCUGAAAGUGGUAGCCUUAAAAGACACCAGCGCAUUCACACUGCCUCGUAGUGAACAUGUUUCAGAGCCAAGCUGUUUCCUCCUGCCUCCUCCUCAUGUCCUGAUAGCUGUGCUGUUA